GCGUUAGACUCGACUCUGACAACACAUCGCACAAUAAUGGACAAGUGGCUCGGUAAAGUGGCUUUGGUGACCGGUGCGAGCUCUGGAAUAGGGCAAGAUACGACUCUCGCCCUGGCCAAUGCCGGUAUGGUGGUGGUCGGAAUAGCUAGACGGGUAGAGCUGGUCGAAACGCUUUGCUCUAAAGUGACCGGCACUGGAAAGAUCUUCGCCAGAAAGUGUGAUGUUGCAAACGAAACGGAGAUCCUGGAGACGUUUGACUGGAUUCGAAAGGAACUGGGCGGAGUCGCCGUUCUGAUUUCCAACGCUGGAGUGUUUCGGUGUAAUUUUGUGACACAAAGUGAGUCAGCCGAUUUCCGCGAUACGUUCAACGUGAAUGUCGUUGCAACCUGCAUCUGCAUACGGGAAGCCGUCAAGGAUAUGAAGGAACGAGGUGGACCGGGACAUAUUUUUAUCAUCAACAGUAUUCUGGGAAAGCGAAUACCGGACGUGUCGGUACCGAUGUUCGGAACCUAUCCAGCGUCAAAAUUUGCGUUGACUGGUCUGGCAGAAGUGGUACGGAAGGAACUCGUGUACUUCCAACUGCCAGUGAGAUUAACCAGUAUCCACCCGGGCAUGGUUCAAACCGACAUGAUCAAAGUGUUCGAUUCAGGCUUGGCAGAACGACUUCCAAAACUGCAAGUUGGAGAUAUUACAGCAAACAUUGUCCAUUGCUUGACGACUCCGCUGGAUGUCCAUAUCGACGAUAUCACAGUGAUGCCGGCGAUGGUACCAAGCGUACAAUAGAUGAAGGGUUAAGCUGAAAGAUAAUUUUACGAAUACAAAUUCACCACAAAUACACUUAAUAAAUAGACAAGUAAUCUUCCAUCCGAAAGCGUCUGCCAAAAGUAAAAGCAAAUCCAUUUCAUUAGCGACGAGUAUCUCUUCACGUAUCCAGUUCAACUAAAACUAGAAUGCCAUAAACCUACCAACAGCAAAACGUGCAUAUGUAACGUCAAUAAAAUUCCCAGACUUGAUUCGAUUAUUACGUGACCUCUGCUAAUAAAAAUGAAACAUUUCAA